CGGCGGGCGCUAUAAGCGGGCGGCCGAGGCCGGUGCGAGCGGCCCGGCAUGGCGGAGCCCCCGCGGAGGAGCUCGCUUGGGGCGGGCGGCUCGGCGGCGCUGCCGCUGCGGGCGCGGCUGAGCUUCGCGGCCGGGCAUUUCCUGAACGACCUGUGCGCUUCGCUCUGGUUCACCUACCUGCUGCUCUACCUGCACGCCGUGCUGGGCUACAGCCACCGGCUGGCCGGUGGCCUGCUGCUGGCCGGGCAGGUGGCCGACGGGCUGUGCACGCCGCUGCUCGGCUACGAAGCCGAUCGCUCGGCCGGUUGCGGCCGCUACGGCCGGAGGAAAUCCUGGCACUUGGCUGGCACCACCUGCGUCCUCGUGUCCUUCCCCUUCAUCUUCAGCCCCUGCCUGGGCUGCAAGGAGAACACGCCGCAGUGGGCAGCCUUCAUCUACUACCUCCCCUUCAUCGUCAUCUUCCAGUUUGGCUGGGCGGCCACGCAGAUCUCCCACCUGUCCCUCAUCCCAGAGCUGGUGACCAGCGACCAUGAGAAGGUGGAGCUCACGGCUUUCAGGUAUGCCUUCACCGUCAUGGCCAACAUCACCGUGUACGGCCUGGCCUGGCUGCUGCUGAACCUGCAGGUGGACCGGCCUGAGCGCACGGAGCACCUGGGCAUCCAGGAUGUCCCCGUGUUUCGGGUAGGUGGCACGGCUCGGUCCCUGGGGUCCCUUCUUUUCCCUGGGUGGGAUGUGGCUGUACUGGGAGGUACUGGAGGGAGUGAAGUGGCAGUGCCCCAGAGUCACCUCCUGCACUGGGCAGGGGCUGCACCAACUCUCCCUGGGUUCUGGGACCCCCUUUUAGUCCACCAAACUCCUUGGGUAGGGGGGGCGGUGAGCAGGCAGAGGGCACCCUGUGCCAUGCUCACCGCCCCCCGCCUCCCCCAGAACCUGUCCCUCAUCGUGGUGGGGCUGGGGGCUGUCUUCUCCCUCAUCUUCCACCUGGGCACCAAAGAGAAGCCGUACCCGCUGGGCUCCCUGCCGCAGCCCGAGAGCACGCCCCUGCUGCAGAAGGAGCCCACGAGGUGCCCGCGCCCGCUGCUGGCCUGGAAGGACUGGCUGCUGGAGCCUGCCUUCUACCAGGUAGGAGCAGGAGGCUGUCACGGCCAUGCCCCGUCCCCCUCCUCCAGUCGGCGCGGGCUGAGCGCCGCUCUCUCUGUCCCCUUGCAGGUGGCGGUGCUCUACAUGGCCACCCGGCUCAUUGUCAACCUGUCCCAGACCUACAUUGCCAUGUACCUGACCAACUCGCUGCUGCUGCCCAAGAAAUACAUCGCCACCAUCCCCCUGGUGUUGUACGUCAGCGGCUUCCUGUCCUCCUUCCUCAUGAAACCUGUGAAUAAGUGGAUAGGUCGAAACCUGACGUACUUCGUGGGCAUCCUGGUGAUCCUGGCCUUUGCCUCCUGGGUGACCCUGACCAGGACGAUGGGAGCGGAGAUCUACGGGGCGGCCGCGCUGCUCGGGGCUGGCUCCGCCACCAUCUUGGUCACCUCCCUCUCCAUGACGGCCGACCUCAUCGGCACCAACACGCACAGCGGUGCAUUUGUCUACGGGGCCAUGAGCUUCACGGACAAGAUGGCCAACGGCCUGGCUGUGAUGGCGAUCCAGAACCUGCACCCGUGCCCGACUGAGCUCUGCUGCCCUGCCUGCGUCAGCUUCUACCACUGGGUGAUGGUGCUGGUCACUGGGGGGAUUGCCAUGGCUGCCACCGUGUCCCUGUGCUGCAUCAUGAUCUGGCCCAUCCGGGUCCGCUUCCAUGGCCCUGGUUAUGGCAGGCUGCGGGGUGACCCUCAUGAUGAUGUCUCCCUGCAGGGACUGAAUGAAGCCAGGAUCCCGUACGAUGAAACGGAGAGCGUGGAGGAAAGGAGCCCCAACAGCACGGUCAACUGAGCAGGGCACGUGUCCUCGGCCGUGGUGAUGGCCGGGCUCUGCCGGGAGGGACCCCAAGGAAGGGGAUGGCACCAGGACAGGGGAGCUGGGCUCAGGUGGGAUCUGGGCACUGCCUCGCCUCUCUGUCACCUCGCACAGGACUUGUCACCCCCACGCCCUGCCCGGGGACUCAGUGAAGGACGCCCCUCUGUGUUUGCACAAGUUUAACACUAAGAGGCCUGGGGCUGGGCUGUGGAGCCCGGCCCCAGCACUGUGGGACGGGGGCACCCAGCCCUUGGUUUUAAACUGCUUUUGUAAGGUCAGUGUGUAUACGUAGCACUUUUUAAAGAAGGAAAAAAAAAAAACCACAACCCACCUCUAAACUUGAAUAAAAAGUUUAAAAAU